AUGGAUAGAAAUUGGAUGAGUGCGAAUAGAUUAUCAGCGGAGUAUAGUGAAGGAGUUGACCAUUUCUUGGACUUUUGUCAGAAGAAUGCUAAAAAUACUAAAUUGGUUCUUUGUCCUUGUCUUAAAUGUGGUAACAUGGAGCGUGUGGACAUUGCUAGUAUAAAGGAGCAUUUAUUUAGGAACGGAAUAGACAAGAGUUAUAAGGUUUGGGUUUACCACGGGGAAAAGAAUAGAGUUUCUGGCGAGGGAACGUCUAAGUCUAACAAGGUUAAGGGUGUUAAUUUGGAGUAUGAGGAUGAUCACAUUCCAGAAAUGAUUGGAGAUGCACAAUAUGAAUUAAAUGUCGAUCCUUUGAAAUUUCAAAGUUUUGUAGAGGAUGCCGAGAAGCCUAUUUACCCUAAUUGUAAUAGGUUUACUAAGUUGUCGACACUUAUUAGAUUAUACAACAUAAAAGCCAAACACGGGUGGAGUGAUAAGAGUUUUUCGAAUUUACUAGCUUUCCUAGUAGAGUUAUUACCGGAAGGUAAUGUGGUGCCUUCAUCUUUUUAUGAGGCGAAGAAGACACUUUCUUCGUUAGGCAUGCAAUAUGAAAAAAUACAUGCAUGUCCUAACGAUUGCAUCCUAUACCGUAAGAUGUUUGUGGAUCCAAUAUGGUGUCCCACUUGUGGUGAGUCUAGGUGGCAAAAGAAAAAGAAUUCUGACGAGGUAAAGGUUGGUGUCCCUGCAAAAGUAUUAUGGUACUUACCCCCAAUACCUCGUUUGGUUCGGUUUUUUCAAAAUGCCAAUCAUGCAAAAAAUUUAAUUUGGCAUGCCAGCGAUAGAAAGGUAGAUGGUAAGAUGAGACAUCCAGCUGACUCACCCGCUUGGAAAUCAAUCGAUGCUAGGUGGCCUGAAUUUGGCAAUGAACCUAGGAAUAUCCGUCUUGGUAUUUCUGCCGACGGAAUCAAUCCACAUACCAGCCUUAGCAGUAAGUAUAGUUGCUGGCCAGUUUUGCUUGUGAUGUAUAACUUGCCGCCUUGGUUGGUAAUGAAGAGGAAGUUCACUAAGCUUACACUGUUGAUAUCAGGCCCUUCACAGCCUGGUAAUGACAUUGAUGUGUACUUAGCCCCUCUACUUGAUGAUUUGAGUCAAUUGUGGCAUGAGGGUGUUUCUGCUUACGAUGCCUUUAGGAAAGAAGAGUUCAAUCUUAAAGCCAUAUUACUGUGGACCAUUAAUGAUUUUCCAGCUUUCGGAAAUCUUUCUGGAUACAGUGUGAAAGGGUACAAAGCAUGUCCUAUUUGUGAGGAGAGAACAUGUUCUAUGUAUUUAAAACACUCGAAGAAGAUGUGUUACAUGGGACACCGAAGGUUUUUGCCAAAAGAACAUGUGUUUCGCACUUGGAAAAAAGCAUUUGACGGUAAGCAAGAAUUUGGAUUGCCACCGCCACCUUUGCUAGGGGAACAAGUGUUAGAAAAGUUGAAUAAAGUUCAAUUCCACCUUGGAAAGCGAAAAGCAAAUCCAAAGAAAAGAAAAGGUCGUCGUGAGAAAAGUGACGUUGUUGAAAAUGAACCUCAAGGGCCAUGGAAGAAGAAGUCAAUAUUUUUUGAGCUCGAGUAUUGGAAGCAUUUGUUGAUACGUCAUAAUCUGGAUGUGAUGCACAUCGAGAAAAAUGUGUCAGACAGCUUGCUUAAUACCUUGUUCAAUAUUCCUGGGCGUAGCAAAGAUGGAAUCAAAUCCCGCUUAGAUUUGAAAGAGUUAGGGAUUCGUUCCAAUUUACACCCACAAGUUGUUGGUCGACGAACGUUCUUACCACCAGCUUGUCAUGCUCUAACUAAAGCAGAAAAACAAUCUUUGUGCGGUUCUAUCUCCCAGGUGAAAGUACCUGAAGAGUACUCCUCAAAUGUCUCUGAUUGGGUAGAUAUGAAAAAAAUUAAUUUUGAGUGGUCUGAAAUCUCACGAUCAUCAUAUAUUGAUUCAACAUAUUCUACCAGUGAGUAUCCGUUCUGUGUUGCCAAAGAAAGUUAG